AUGGCGCACCGGCGCGCCCGGUUCUUGGUGGUGGUGCUCUUGGUGGCCGCGCUGGCGCUCCGACCGGCCGCGGCGCUGUCCCCGGACGGCAAGGCGCUGCUGUCGCUGCUCCCGACGGCGCCGUCGCCGGUGCUGCCGUCCUGGGACCCGUCGGCCGCGACCCCGUGCUCGUGGCAGGGGGUCACGUGCUCGCCGCAGAGCCGGGUGGUGUCGCUCUCUCUCCCCAACACCUUCCUCAACCUCUCCACCCUCCCGCCGCCGCUCGCCUCGCUCUCCUCGCUCCAGCUGCUCAACCUCUCCACCUGCAACAUCUCAGGGACCAUCCCGCCGUCCUACGCGUCCCUCGCGGCCCUCCGCGUGCUGGACCUCUCGUCGAACGCGCUCUACGGCGCCAUCCCCGGCGAGCUCGGCGCGCUCUCGGGGCUCCAGUACCUGUUUCUCAACUCCAACCGCUUCACCGGCGCCAUCCCGCGCUCCCUCGCAAAUCUCUCCGCGCUCGAGGUGCUCUGCAUCCAGGACAACCUCUUCAACGGCACCAUCCCGGCGUCCCUGGGCGCGCUCACCGCGCUCCAGCAGCUCCGCGUCGGGGGCAACCCGGGGCUAUCGGGACCCAUCCCGCCCUCCCUCGGCGCGCUCUCCAACCUAACCGUCUUCGGCGGCGCUGCCACCGGGCUAUCUGGACCCAUCCCGGAGGAGCUCGGCAACCUCGUCAACCUCCAGACGCUGGCAUUGUACGACACCGGCUUGUCCGGCCCCGUGCCGGCGGCGCUCGGCGGGUGCGUCGAGCUGCGCAACCUCUACCUCCACAUGAACAAGCUCUCCGGACCGAUACCGCCCGAGCUCGGGAGGCUACAGAAGAUCACCAGCCUGCUGCUCUGGGGCAAUGCCCUCUCCGGGAAGAUCCCGCCGGAGCUCUCCAACUGCUCGGCAUUGGUGGUGCUGGACCUGUCGGGCAACCGUCUCUCGGGCCAGGUGCCCGGGGCGCUCGGGCGUCUCGGCGCGCUCGAGCAGCUGCACCUAUCGGACAACCAGCUGACGGGGCGCAUACCGGCGGUGCUGAGCAACUGCAGCAGCCUCACCGCCCUGCAGCUCGAUAAGAACGGCCUCUCCGGGGAGAUACCGGCGCAGCUCGGGGAGCUCAAGGCGCUGCAGGUGUUGUUCCUCUGGGGCAAUGCGCUGUCCGGCUCGAUACCGCCGUCGCUGGGCGACUGCACCGAGCUGUACGCGCUGGACCUGUCCAAGAACCGGCUCACCGGCGGCAUCCCCGACGAGGUCUUCGGACUCCAGAAGCUCAGCAAGCUGCUCCUGCUCGGCAACGCGCUGUCGGGGCCGCUUCCUCCAAGCGUGGCUGACUGCGUGUCGCUGGUCCGGCUCCGGCUCGGCGAGAACCUGCUCGCCGGCGAGAUACCCAGGGAGAUUGGCAAGCUGCAGAACCUGGUGUUCCUGGACCUGUACUCGAACAGGUUCACCGGACACCUCCCCGCCGAGCUCGCCAACAUCACGGUGCUGGAGCUGCUCGACGUGCACAACAACAGCUUCACGGGGCCCAUCCCUCCGCAGUUCGGGGCGCUCAUGAACCUGGAGCAGCUUGACCUCAGCAUGAACAACCUCACGGGCGAGAUGCCGGCGAGCUUCGGCAACUUCAGCUACCUCAACAAGCUCAUCCUCAGCAGGAACCUGCUCACCGGGCCAUUGCCCAAGUCGAUUCAGAACCUGCAGAAGCUGACCAUGCUGGACCUGAGCAACAACAGCUUCUCCGGCCCGAUACCGCCGGAGAUCGGCGCACUGUCAAGCCUGAGCAUCAGCCUGGACCUGAGCGGGAACAGGUUCGUCGGCGAGCUGCCGGAGGAGAUGUCCGGCUUGACGCAGUUGCAGUCGCUUGACCUGUCGAGCAAUGGCCUGUACGGCAGCAUCUCGGUGCUCGGGGCGCUCACCAGCCUGACGUCCCUCAACAUCUCGUUCAACAACUUCUCCGGCGCCAUCCCCGUGACGCCAUUCUUCAAGACGCUGUCGUCAAACUCCUACACCGGCAAUCCCAGCCUGUGUGAGUCCUAUGACGGGCACAUUUGUGCGUCAGACAUGGUCCGUCGGACCACACUGAAGACCGUCAGGACUGUGAUCCUUGUCUGCGCCGUUUUAGGCUCGAUCACUCUGCUGCUUGUCGUGGUCUGGAUCCUGUUCAACAGAAGCAGGAGGCUCGAGGGCGAGAAGGCGACCAGCCUGUCGGCCGCCGGCGGCAACGACUUCUCGUACCCGUGGACGUUUACGCCAUUCCAGAAGCUCAACUUCUGCGUGGACAGCAUCUUGGAGUGCCUCAAGGAUGAGAAUGUGAUCGGCAAAGGUUGCUCCGGAGUCGUGUACAGAGCUGAGAUGCCCAACGGCGACAUCAUCGCGGUGAAGAAGCUCUGGAAGACGACCAAGGAGGAGCCGAUCGACGCGUUCGCCGCCGAGAUUCAGAUAUUGGGUCACAUCAGGCACCGGAACAUUGUUAAGCUGCUUGGUUACUGCUCGAACAAGUCUGUCAAGCUCUUGCUCUACAACUACGUCCCCAAUGGUAACCUGCAGGAGCUCCUCAGUGAGAACAGGAGCCUGGACUGGGACACACGGUACAAGAUCGCGGUCGGGGCGGCGCAGGGGCUGUCCUAUCUGCACCAUGACUGCGUCCCGGCGAUACUCCACCGGGAUGUCAAGUGCAACAACAUACUGCUCGACUCCAAGUAUGAGGCCUACCUGGCUGACUUUGGGCUGGCCAAGCUAAUGAACUCGCCCAACUAUCAUCAUGCCAUGUCGCGCAUCGCCGGUUCUUACGGAUACAUUGCUCCAGAGUACGGCUACACCGCGAACAUCACCGAGAAGAGCGACGUGUACAGCUACGGCGUGGUGCUCCUGGAGAUCCUGAGCGGGCGCAGCGCCAUCGAGCCGAUGGUCAGCGACAGCCUCCACAUCGUGGAGUGGGCCAAGAAGAAGAUGGGGAGCUACGAGCCGGCGGUGAACAUCCUGGACCCCAAGCUGCGUGGCAUGCCGGACCAGCUGGUCCAGGAGAUGCUGCAGACACUGGGCAUCGCCAUCUUCUGCGUGAACCCGGCGCCGGCGGAGCGGCCGACCAUGAAGGAGGUGGUGGCCUUCCUCAAGGAGGUGAAGAGCCCGCCGGAGGAGUGGGCCAAGACGUCGCAGCAGCCGCUCAUCAAGCCGAGCAGCCAGGAAGCCUGA